GCGCUGGUGUAUAUAAGAGGACCACAGGCUGACACUGAGAAAGAAGAAGCGAAGGUCAUUCCUCAGCUGGUUUGUUCUCAUCUCUUUGCCCUCUUCAACAUCUACCAGGAUGCUGACUGUGUCUCUUCUUGUUUGUGCCGUGAUGGCUCUGGCCAGUGCUGAUGACAACAGCACCACAUCUUUAGUAGAUGUCAGUGUUGCAGAGGACAACAGCACCACAUCUUUAGAUGUCAAUGCUGCAGAGGACAACAGCACCACAUCUUUAGUAGAUGUCAGUGUUGCAGAGGACAACAGCACCACAUCUUUAGAUGUCAAUGCUGCAGAGGACAACAGCACCACAUCUAUAGUAGAUGUCAGUGUUGCAGAGGACAACAGCACCACAUCUUUAGAUGUCAAUGCUGCAGAGGACAACAGCACCACAUCUUUAGAUGUCAAUGCUGCAGAGGACGACAGCACCACAUCUAAAAAAGAAGAAGUGGCUCCCUCCUGUGAAAUUGGUUGGUCUGAGUUCAAUGGUCGCUGUUUCCUGUUCGUGUCAACAGAGAUGAGUUGGGCUGAUGCUGAGAAAAACUGUCUGCACAAGAAAGGACACCUUGCAUCGGUCCACAACGAGGAGGAGUACAAACACAUUCAGGCUGUGGUGAAUGCACACACCGGAGGUCAUCCAACAACAUGGGUUGGAGGCUCUGACUGUCAAAAGGAGGGUAUCUGGCUCUGGAGUGACGGCAGCAGUUUUGAAUUCAACUCCUGGUGUGAAGGAGAACCAGACAAUUUUGCCGGUGCCGAGUCUUGUUUACAGAUUAAUGCUAACGAGAGCCAUUGCUGGAAUGACUUCCUGUGUUCAGUUGUCCUCCCAUCAGUCUGUGCCAGCGUCCCUCAAAGCUCCUGAGCCGAGUGUCAUGUACCUACCAAACACACAAACAUGGUUGGAUGAGAGAGUCUUUGUGUAAUCGGUCUCAUGUGUAAUCACAUCUUUGAUUCUCUGCUGUAACGCUACUGAAGGGACGAAGCGACAAGUGACGUGAACGGGAGCUGGAGCUCCUCUCUGAGAAGACUGAAUGUGUAAUGAAGAGAACGCUUUGAGCAACAAUCUUAUUAAAAACUGGAGUACUGAAACAAA